AUGGCAUCCUCAACUGAUGUCCAGGAUGUUGAUCUGACUGAUGAUCAGGUCCAACAGCUUCUGCUUGAAGCAGAGGCCCGAUUGCGAGGUCCUGCUGUGAGCGCCUCCGUCGAUGUUGCAGCUCUCAGGAUUCCCAAAUUAUCAGCCGGAUCUUCCUUUGAGCCGUAUGUUCAACAGGGAGAUGAUGUUGCUACCGUUGAAAAGGCAAAGAUCGCCGAUCCAAAGCAGAUGGCGUUGUCCAACACGCUCCACACAGUUGGAACCAAGAAGGCGAAUAAAGACAAGCCGACUGCUGGACCUGAAUGGUUUAACCUCCCGAAGACAGAAAUGACACCAGAGUUGAAGAGGGAUCUGCAGCUCAUCCGGAUGCGCUCUGUGCUUGAUGCUAAGCGACACUACAAGAAGGACAAUGGCAGAGCGACAGCGCCGGAGUUUUCUCAAGUUGGAACCAUCAUCCAGGGCCCAACUGAAUUCUUCAGUAGUCGCAUUGCUAAGAAGGACCGCAAGAAGAACUUUGUUGAGGAGACUCUCGCUGACGAGCGCGGCAACAGACGCUUCAAGUCCAAGUACAGCGACAUCCAAACCGCCAAAACAAGCGGCAAAAAGGCUUUCUACAAGGACUUGCAGGCAAAGAGAAGUCGGAAAAACAAGUGA